GUCUUCUAACAUUAAUCAUCCCAAAGAUCUUUCAGUCAGUAUAUACUGCUACCUAUUCAUUAAUCACUAUGAGUUGUUUUGGAGCGAAAGAUGACAAAGAUGAAAAGGUUAUCAAGAUCAAAGGGAAGGUUGCCUUACAAAAAAGGAAUCUAUUGGAUUUCAAUGACUUUGGUGCUUCUAUGUUAGAUCGAGCUCAUGAGUUGUUUGGUUGUAAAGUUUGUUUGCAACUCAUCAGUUCUGUUGUUGGUGAUCCAGAAAAUGAAAUGCGAGGGAAGGUUGGUAAAGAAGCUUAUUUGGAAAACUGGAGUUGCAGGAUAUCACCUAUCACUGCAGAAACAGUAGAAUUUGAUGUUACGUUUGAAUGGGAUGAAUCAUUUGGACAUCCUGGUGCGUUUUUUAUCAAAAAUAAUCAUCAUGGUGAGUUUUUUCUGAAAACACUAAUCCUAGAAGAUGUCCCUGGCUCUGGUCCUGCUCACUUUGUUUGUAAUUCAUGGGUUUACCCUACCAAAUGCUACAAGUAUACUCGUAUUUUCUUCGUUAACCAGAGUUACCUUACAAGUAGCACACCAGAACCUCUACGUAAAUACAGAGAAGAUGAGCUUAAAAAUCUUAGAGGCGAUGGAACUGGAGAACUACAGACUUGGGAUCGAGUGUAUGACUAUGCAACGUACAAUGAUUUGGGACUUAACCGUCCUGUUCUCGGGGGGUCAAAAGAGUAUCCUUAUCCUCGAAGGGGAAGGACUGGUCGAAAACCAAACCCAAAAGAUUCAACGCACGAAACCAGGUUGUGUAUACUGAACAUAGACAUCUACUGUCCAAGAGAUGAAAAGUUCAGCCGUUUAAAGUUCUCGGACUUUCUAGCCGUCUCUAUUAAGUCCUUGGGCCAGGUCUUGCUCCCAGAAAUAACAGGUGUAUGUAGCAAAACAUGUAAUGAAUUCGACAGCUUCGAAGAGGUGCUACAGGUUUACAAGGGAUGGGAAAAGCAGCGGAUAGAUCCAAAUUCAUUGAAAUCAAGCGGUGGCUUUGAGUUACUCAAAGAAUUUUUUCGCUCUGAUGGUGAAUUACCUCUCAAAUACCCGAAGCCUGAUGUGAUCCAGCAUGAUGAGUUUGCUUGGAGGAGUGACGAAGAAUUUGCGAGAGAAAUGCUUGCCGGAUUAAACCCUGUUGCAAUUACCCUUCUCAAAGAGUUUCCCCCGACUAGCAAGCUUGAUCCAGCGGUCUAUGGAGACCACACCAGUUCAAUAACCAAAGAACAUAUUGAGCCGAACAUGAAUGGACUAACAGUAACAGAGGCUCUGGAGCAGAAAAAGUUGUUCAUACUAGAUCAUAAUGAUGAAACUAUACCAUACUUGAAGCGCAUAAAUGAAACAACAACAAAAUGCUAUGCUACUAGAACAAUCCUCUUAUUGCAAGAGGAUGGAACCUUAAAACCUUUGGUUAUUGAGUUAUGUUUGGUUCACCCAGAUGGGGAGAUUCAUGGUGCUAUCAAUAAAGUUGUCUUACCAACCGAAGCAGGCGUAGAGGGUUCAAUCUGGCAGCUGGCCAAAGCUUUUGCUGCUGUUAAUGACUCUUCUUGUCAUCAACUUAUCAGCCAUUGGUUGAUGACACAUGCAGCAAUUGAACCGUUCAUACUUGCUACUAAUAGACAAUUAAGUGCUCUUCAUCCAAUUUACAAGCUUUUGCAGCCUCAUUUUAGAGAUACGAUGAAUAUCAAUGGUAUUGCUCGCGAGCUUCUUAUUAGUGAAGGUGGUUAUGUAGAAAGAAUUGUAUUUCCAGCAAAAUACUCUAUGGAAUUUUCUUCUUUGGCGUAUAAAGAAUGGGUUUUCACAGACAACUCACAUCCAGAAGAGCUGAUUAAAAGAGGAAUGGCAGUUAGAGACCCAAGCAAACCACAUGGUGUACGGUUACUAAUCGAAGACUACCCUUUUGCGGUGGAUGGGUUAGAAAUUUGGUCGGCUAUUGACAAUUGGGUUCGUGAAUAUUGUUCAAUCUAUUAUUCUACUGAUGAGUCGGUCCAAAGUGACACAGAGCUGCAGUCAUGGUGGGAGGAAGUUAGAACUGAGGGUCACGGUGACUUGAAAGAUGAGACGUGGUGGCCAAAAAUGCAAACCAUAGAAGAACUAACUCAAUCAUGCAGCACAAUAAUAUGGAUAGCUUCAGCAUUCCAUGCAGCAAUGAAUUUUGGACAAUAUCCAUAUGCAGGUUACCAUCCGAACCGUCCAACCAUGAGCCGUCGAUUAAUGCCUGAGCCAGGUACUCCUGAAUAUGAGGAACUCGAGAAAAACCCAGAUGCGGUUUAUUUAAAAACAAUUGCCAGUCGGUUCUCAUCACUCCUCGGUAUCUCUCUCGUCGAAAUUCUGUCUAGGCAUUCUGCGGAUGAAAUCUAUCUUGGACAGAGAGAAUGCCCGGACUACUGGACUAAAGAUGCAGCAGCACUGGAAGCAUUUAAGAAAUUUGGUCAGAAGUUAAUCGAGGUUGAGGAUAAAAUAGCGAAGAUGAACAAUGAUGCGACAUUAAAAAACAGGACCGGGCCUGUAAAAGUUCCAUACACUUUAUUAUGUCCCUACAACUUACCUUCAUUUCCAAUGGGACUCACUGGUAGAGGAAUACCCAACAGUGUCUCCAUAUAGCUACACCACCAAAUAAGCGCCUCUUCCGGUUGAGUAGUAAUGGAUUGGUAAUAAAAAUAGUUAUCUGCAGGCCGAGAGAGAAAAAGACCAGAUAUUGAAGUUGCAAAUAAGUUCUGCCAGUUAAAUAGUAGAAUAAAGGAUUCCGGUAAACCUUGCCCACUUAAAUUUCUGAAAUCUCGGUGCACAUUUAUGACUCCUGUUGAAUCAAUAAUGUGCAACAAGAAAUCUUAUAAGCAACCUGUGUUGCAAAUCGGGUACGAUAUAUUGAUUGCUAUUUUUAAUGUAAUUCUUUUGUUUUUCUUCUACUCCAUAUAUAUGUGUUUUUUCUUGUA